AUGGGUGGUAAGAUAGAUCGGGGCGUGAACAAGAAUGGUGGUCCACCUGUUUUCCGGAUCAAUGGCCAGAACUUCCAUUACAUUGGUAGUCUCCUGCCGGUAGACGGGAAAAGACCACAUUUUGCACAGUUGUAUAUAUAUGAUACUAAUAAUGAACUGAGUAAUUGUAUCAAUUCUGUGAGGCAAGAUGGUGACCAAAAUGGCAUCCAUGUUGAGAUUGUGAAUGAUAUCCAACAAGUUUUGGAUACCAGUAAUGUAUUAGUCAAGUCAUUCCUCAUGGCACGAUCUGAGCUGCAAAAGAAUCCGCUUGCUGAGGUAAAAAUUAAAUUGCUAGGGAAGAGGUCAAAGGAUGCAAGAACAUACAAUUUGCCGCAGGUUUCGGAAGUUGCAGCCUUAAUUGUGGGUGACAUUGAUACAAAUAUUGGAGAACGUGACAUUAUGGUCGAAACCAAGAGCGGCCUAUUGCAACGAAUUAGUGAGUUGAAUCCAGCAUACCUCCCAAUGCAAUACCCUUUACUCUUUCCGUAUGGUGAGGACGGAUACAGGGAAGACAUUCCCUUCUCUACAUUAAAAGGAAACACAAGUGCUGGCCGUCAAAGGAUAAGUCCUCGAGAAUAUUUUGCAUACCGUAUACAGUCAAGGUUAUCUGAGGUAUCUACUUUAUUGCAUUCAAAGAGGUUAUUCCAACAAUUUUUGGUAGAUGCCUAUACAAUGGUUGAGUCAGGAAGGUUAAUCUAUAUAAGGACACACCAAAAAAGUUUGAGGUGUGAAUCGUAUAAUUGCUUGAAUGAUGCAUUAACACGCGGUGAAGUUGACCCCACUACUCAAGGAAAGAGGAUAAUAUUGCCUUCAAGUUUUACAGGGGGUGCUAGAUACAUGAUUCAAAAUUAUCAGGACGCUAUGGCUAUAUGUAGAUUGGUUGGAUAUCCAGAUCUGUUUAUCACAUUCACCUGCAACCCCAAGUGGCCCGAGGUACAACGCUUCUUGAAGGAUCGAAAGUUAAAAGCUGAAGAUCGUCCUGACAUAAUAUGUAGAUUAUUCAAAAUGAAAUUGGAUGCUCUAAUCUCAGAUUGUCGGAAGAACAAGUUAUUUGGGCCAGUGAUGGGAGUCAAUGGACAUCAUAAUGUUGACAAUUUGGACAACAUUAUUUCCGCUGAGCUGCCUGAUCAAGAAGCUGACGCAGAAUACUUCAAAGCAGUUGAGGAGUUUAUGAUGUAUGGACCUUGUGGGAAAGCCAGAUUCAGUUCUCCCUGUAUGGCAAAUGGUAAAUGUACUAAACAUUUUCCCAAAAAGUUUGUUAAUUGCUCAACUUUUGAUGAGGAUGGCUAUCCUAUAUAUCGGAGAAGAGACAAUGGUCGUUCUGUGACGCGCAAUGGGAUUGACUUGGAUAAUAGGUACGUGGUACCACACAAUAGGCAUUUGUUGUUAAAGUAUAGGGCUCAUAUUAAUGUUGAAUGGUGUAAUCAGUCCCGUUCAAUCAAAUACCUAUUCAAGUACGUGAACAGGGGUCAUGACAGGGUAACAACAGAGUUUUACAGAACCAGCAAUGAUCAAGAUGGUGCACAAGUUCUGGAUGAAAUUAGUAUGUACUAUGAUUGUAGGUACAUAUCUCCGUGUGAAGCAUCAUGGCGGUUGUUCGGUUUUGAUAUACAGUUUAGGACACCAUCAGUGGAACGAUUAAGCUUUCACUUGCCGAACCAACAAAGUGUUGUUUUCGCAGAUGAUGACCCCGUUGAUAACAUACUCAGUCGGCCAACAAUCUUGCAAAGCAUGUUCCUAGAAUGGUUCGAGGCAAAUAAAAACUUCCCAGAAGCAAGAAAGUUGACAUAUGCUGAAAUGCCAACAAAGUUUGUGUGGAAGAAAGAUAUUCGAAAAUGGCAGCCUAGAAAAAGAGGAUUCUCUAUCGGUAGAGUUUUCUAUGUGCCUCCUGGAUCAGGGGAAAUCUUUUAUUUAAGGUGUCUGUUGAAUAAGGUCAAAGGUCCAACAAGUUAUUUAGAUAUAAAAACAGUGGAUGGUGUCCAAUAUGAUUCUUUUAGGGAUGCGUGUUGUGCAAGAGGAUUAGUAGAUGACGACAGGGAGUAUGUUUAUGCUAUAGAAGAAGCAAGUCAUUGGGCCACAGCUGUGAAUCUUAGAAGAUUAUUUGUCACUCUCUUGAUGACUAACUCAAUAGCAAAACCAGAGGUGGUUUGGGAGGCUGCGUGGAUUCAUUUGUCAGAUGAUGCACAAUUCAAGAUUAGUGAACAAUUGGGAAAGCCAGAUUGGAUUAUAUCUGAAGAUGAGAAGAAGAAUUUUGCACUUACGGAGAUUGAAAUAAUGCUUUCAGCUAUGGGAAAAAGUUUGAAAGACUUUCCGGGGAUGCCGAUAGCCGAUUUAGUUAAUCACUGCAGAACAAUCAAUCGGUUGAUACAGGAGGAAUUGGCAUAUGAUGCUACUGCAAUGAAGGAAGAGAAUGAUGCUUUGGUGGAUAAACUAACUGAAGAGCAAAGAACAAUAUAUGACAAUGUUUUGAAAGAUGCUGAGAAUAAUCUUGGAGGACUAUUUUUUGUUUAUGGAUAUGGAGGAACGGGUAAAACAUUCUUGUGGAGAGCAUUAUCUUCUGCUAUAAGGUCAAAGGGUGAGAUAGUACUGAAUGUUGCAUCAAGUGGCAUAGCUUCCCUUCUAUUACCAGGUGGUAGGACUGCACAUUCAAGGUUUGCCAUUCCGAUCGCUGUUAAUGAAGAUUCAACCUGCAAUAUCAGCCAAAACAGUCCUUUGGCACACUUGAUCGUGCAAAGCAGGUUGAUCAUUUGGGAUGAGGCUCCAAUGAUGCAUAAAUUCUGUUUUGAAGCGUUGGACCGAUCUAUGAGAGAUAUAAUGCGUGUCAAAAAUCAUAACAGCUUCGAUAUGCCUUUUGGUGGAAAAACAGUGGUGUUAGGUGGAGAUUUCAGACAAAUUCUACCAGUCAUUCCAAAGGGCACCAGACAAGAUAUUGUGCGAGCAACUAUAAAUUCAUCCUAUCUUUGGAGAAGCUGUAAAGUUUUUAGGUUAACAAAAAAUCUAAGGCUUAGAUCUUUGAGAUCAGAUAGUGAAGUUCAAGAGAUUGCUGAUUUUGCAAAGUGGAUUGCUAAUAUAGGUGAUGGAACCAUUGGUGAUUCAAUGGAUGGAGAAUCUGAGAUACAGAUUCCCGAUCAAUUUUUGCUCAGUUGUGGAGAUGAUCCUAUUGCUACAAUUGUUGAUAGUACUUUCCCUAUGUUUCGCAGUGGCCACAGAGAUAAUGAGUACCUAAAAGAUCGUGCCAUACUUGCACCUACUUUGGAUGUUGUAGAUACAGUCAACGAAUACAUGAAUGACUAUAACAAUGCUGAAGGAAGGACCUAUAUCAGUUGUGACUCCGUAUGCAAAUCUGAUUCUAAUGUUGACAUGCUGGCGGACCUGCACACACCGGAGUUUUUAAAUGGAUUACGAUGUUCGGGAGUUCCAAAUCACUCAUUGACUCUCAAAGUUGGCUCGCCAGUGAUGCUGUUAAGAAAUAUUGAUCACUCACUGGGGUUGUGCAAUGGGACAAGGAUGAUUAUUUCAAAGUUAGCGGAUCAUGUUUUAGAAGCUAAAAUACUCUCUGGAUCAAGUGCUGUUUAUGAACCAUAUUGGUUUAGGUUUUAUGGAAGAUUGUAG